AUUUGCUUCAGUAUAAAUUCUGAUUUCGAUCGUACAAGACAUUUUGCAUUUUCUAAAUUGUAACAAAAUAAACAGUUUUCGGUCGCGUAAACUACACGGAUUUGAUAUUAAGUUUACAACUAAAAUUUUUUUCGAAACCAAAAUUUAAAAAAAAAUGGCUCCUCGUAACAAGGAAACUGAAGCUGAAGUCCUUCAAUGGAUUUUCGAUGUACUUGGUGAGAAAGUACCAAGCGGCCAAUACGAAGACAUUUUGAAAGAUGGUAUUGUUUUGUGCAAAUUGAUCAACAAACUGGCUCCUGGUUCUGUAAAGAAAAUCCAAGAACGUGGAACUAAUUUCCAAUUGAUGGAAAAUAUUCAACGUUUCCAAGCUGGUAUCAAGAAGUACGGAGUUCCAGAGGAAGAAAUCUUCCAAACUGCUGAUCUUUUUGAACGUAGAAAUAUCCCACAAGUUACACUUUGUUUGUACUCUUUGGGACGUCUUACUCAAAAACACCCUGAAUAUAAUGGACCAAGUUUGGGACCAAAAAUGGCAGAUGAAAACAAGCGUACAUUCACCGAAGAACAAUUGCGUGCACACAAUGCUGAACUUAAUUUACAAAUGGGUUUCAAUAAGGGCGCUUCACAAUCUGGCCAUGGUGGCUUUGGUAAUACCCGUCAUAUGUAAAAUCUAAUUUGUUUGUUCUCCAUAAUGUAUUAACCAUCAAUCCAGUUUAUACACAAAUGUAAAUACAAAAAAAAGAAAAUUAUGUUUUUUUUAUGUUUUUGUUAAUUAAAUCAUAAUAAAUAAGUUAAAAUAUUAUUUAAACAAAAUAAGAAA